AUGUACAAUCCUCCUUGCUUGAUUCCCUUUACUAUGAAGAAGAAAAAUGCGGAGAAUUUGAAGAAGUACGAUAUUAAUGAGGCAUGUAAAGGACUUUGCACUAUUUAUCCAAGCCGAGUGGCCAGAGUACCUCCCAAUGAAAUCCAUCAUUUGCUCUCCAUCAGGAGCAAGUCCAAUGCAAUAUCCGAGGGCAUGUGGGCUCGCGUAAAGAAUGGAAAAUAUAAGGGUGAUCUUGCACAGGUUGUAGCUGUGAAUGAUACAAGGAAGAAAGUUACUGUAAAACUGAUUCCAAGAAUAGACUUGCGAGCGAUGGCUGAAAAAUUUGGCGGCGGAGUUCCUGCUAAAAGGACAGCCAUCCCAGCACCACGACUGAUCAGCUCUAGCGAGCUUGAGGAGUUCCGUCCUCUCAUUCAAUACCGAAGGGAUCGUGACACUAACCAGAUGUUUGAGAUUCUUGACGGGAUGUUGCUGAAGGAUGGCUAUUUAUACAAAAAAGUGUCUAUUGACUCACUGAGUUUGUGGGGUGUAAUGCCCACUGAUGAUGAACUCCUGAAGUUUGAGCCUUCAAAAAAGGAUGAAUCUAAUGAUGGACAGUGGCUUUCCCAACUUUUUGGCGAACAAAAGAAGAAGCAUGUUCAGGCCAUAAAGAAGGACAAAGGGGGUGGUAAAGAAGGUGGCAAAGAAGGUGGCUCGUGUAGCUCUACAAUGGAAAAUAAUUUUGAAAUGCAUGAUCUAGUCUUUUUUGGCCGGAAGGAUUUUGGUGUUGUCAUUGGCACGGAGAAGGAUAACAGUGUAAAGGUCAUUAAAGAAGGCUCAGAAGGACCAUCAGUUGUUACCGUCAAACAGCGUGAGCUAAAGAGUGCGUCUUUUGACAAAAAAUUGUUCACCGUUUUGGAUCAGCAUGCAAAAACCAUAUCAAUUAAUGACAUAGUCAGGGUUUUGGAUGGUCCAUUGAAGGAUAAACAAGGAACUGUUAAAAAAAUAUACAAAGGCAUACUAUUUUUGUGUGAUGAAGGUGAACAAGAGAAUAAUGGCUAUAUCUGUGUUAAAGCACAGUUAUGUGAGAAAAUAAAUAUUUCUGGUGAUGCAUCCAAGGAGAAGGGUAGUGAGCCAGGUGGUCCUUCAGGAUUUGAGGAUUUCCCAUCAUCGCCAAAAUCCCCUUUGUCUCCUAAAAAUUCUUGGCAAGAGAGGGAUACUAAAGACAACUCUAUUCGCGAUGAUAAUGGAAUGUUCUCUGUUGAACAAGAUUUGUUAUGGGAAGAUGAAGAUCUGAAUUCUCUUCUCUGCAAAGAAAAUGACGCAUUUGUCGAUAGAACAUGCUCCUCGUUCUGUGUAGGCACGCACAGAUAUAGUGGAGUGGAUUUUGAAAGUCCAAAUUUUUUAUGGGUUUUCAGCGUUGAUUGCUAUGCUUGCAGUAAAUUAUAUUUACGGGUUUCUUUGCAACGUCCAUUUUCAGAAAGAGAAGUCGUGAAUGAUCCAACUUGUAGCAGUAGUGGUGAUGGUUUUGGGGUGUAG